AUAAAUCAUCGUCACUUAAACAACAAUGUACAACGAUGUAGAUUCACUACAACUACAACACCGCCAAAAGGUGCACAGGAUAUGAAUACAAAUACAAAGACACAGACACCUCCACCAAAGGGCACUGGCGACAAGUAUCUCGAUAUGUAUAGUGGAGAGACACCAAAGGAAGAGUCAAAGGUUGGACCAAGUACAUCACCAUUGGAUCGUCCAGACUUUUGUCGCUCACUGUUGCUGAUGAGAAAGUCUGGCACAUUGUCAUCGGUGAACAUGCUGGCAAAGAUGGAGUCAGAGGCAUCGUCACCAGUCUACGGCUCAAUCGUCCCUUACAGCGUGGUGCAUGGCGAGAACAACAAGCUGACACCGGUCAUUCUGCUGAAGAAGGACGAUCCCCAUCUGGCACACUUUAAACACUUCAACAAGGUAUCGCUGGUCGUCUACCCACUGACGCCAAAGGAGCGACCACCCGCCGUCUACGCGCUUAAUAGGGUCAACUUUGGCGGCAGGAUCACACGUAUUGACGAUGAGGCCAAGAAGGCUGAGGCCAGGACAUCAUUCCUGGCCAAACACCCUGGCGGAGCAAGGAUGAUCGAUAGCGGCGACUACUCAUUGUAUCAAAUAGACAUUGCUGACAUCUAUCAUUACGAGCGCAAGUCGACCACUCGUGUCAACAUGCGCGACUUUGACGCAGCCACUGUCGACGAGGUGUGUGUCGAAUCACGCGAUGUAAUCGAGACACUCAAUGGCGAGCACCAUGAAGCACUACGCAUCAUCUGCGAGCAGUAUGGAGACAUUCAGAUCGAUGAGGCUUUCGUGUACUUUGUAGACAGUGCUGGCUUCAACUGCAUUGCUAAGCGCAAAGGUACGGAAGAGUGGCUUGAUGUGCGUGUGCCAUUCGACCAACCAUUCAAGACAGCCAAGGACUGCAAAGUAGGUCUACUCGAGACCAUCAAGGAUAUCAAACUCAAGCAU